AUGGCAGGCUCAAAGUCGCCAGAACUUCCUAUCUCUCUCAUCGACAUCUUCCUCGGCUCUGGUCGCACCAUCCGCAGACCCACCGGCCCACCAGGACUGCCCUUCCUACAGACACCCGGAAAGACCGAGCUCGUUCUAGUACGUCCAUCUAGACGCGCCAGUCUUGCAAAGGAAAGCGGCGGUCAAGAAGCCAAAGCUGCCAGCGCUCAAGGCAGCAACAAUCGCGCCACGGCAUCAGGCUCCAAGCACGGCAGCAAAAAGGACGACAGCAAACCCAACGCAAAGCCCACCAGCGAGAAAGCGGCCAAUAACGACAAAGCCGUAGGCGCGAACAAGACAGCCGAAGAACCCAAAACCAACGGCGACAAACCCCAAGCCAACGCCCAGACCCCUGUCUUCACCCCCGAAGAAGACGCAAAACUCCUUCUCCUCAAAAGCGAAGGUAAACCCUGGCCAGAAAUCGCCGCCGCCAUCAACAAGACCAAGAAGCAAACUACCAGACGAUUUGGCGAGAUCAGACCUAGCGACUGGAAGCCGCAAAAGGGAGGUAAACACGGCAUCGACAAGGCCGGAGUUUCCGACGAAAAGAACGACCAAAACGACAAACAAGUCGCAAAGAUGGGGAAGCAAGACAAGCAAGUCGAGGAGCGCAAGAGCAAGUCCGCUGCCAUCGACAAGCACAAGAACGAGAAGGCAUUGUCAGCUGCACUGCUCGUAGCCGGUGAAGUCAAGCACGCACAUGCUCACCGCCACGAAGUCCAUCACCACAUCCACAACCAAGAUACCCAACCCCAUCGCUCAUCUAACGACACCCAUCCUCGCCGCACCAAAGAAGCCCCACGCACUCGCGACACGAAGCUCACAUCCCGACCUAAACCUUCUCACCCGCCUGCUCCUCCUUCCACCGCCGCUUCCUCACGUACAGCAUACACCCUCGCCACAACACCCUCCCUGACCGAAGACGACCUCUUCAGCUUUGGCGAACUGCAAGCUUUGUCAGAGUUGAUUGGCAAAGACAUGCAAGGCAUGUGGCAAAGAGUCAGUGCUGCGUUUUUCGGCAUGACUGGACGCCGGAUCGCUGCCGAGGAUAUCAGAGAUAAGUUUGAGGGAUUGGACCAGUGA